GAUCGGCGGCUAGUUUCCGGUGUGUGGAGGCGGGUCGACGCCCGGCUGUGAGUGGGGAAGAAGAAGCGAAGGGCGGUAACUGAAGUGGUUGCAUUAUGGACAGUCAAGGCAGGAAAGUGGUGGUCUGUGACAAUGGCACUGGGUUUGUGAAGUGUGGCUAUGCUGGCUCCAACUUUCCAGAGCACAUCUUUCCAGCACUGGUGGGACGUCCCAUCAUCCGUUCCACUGCCAAAGUUGGGAAUAUUGAGAUCAAGGAUCUCAUGGUGGGUGAUGAAGCUAGUGAAUUGCGUUCUAUGUUAGAGGUUAAUUAUCCCAUGGAAAAUGGUAUAGUACGAAACUGGGAUGACAUGAAGCAUCUUUGGGAUUAUACAUUUGGCCCAGAGAAGCUAGAUGUAGAUUCAAGGAAUUGCAAGAUUCUUCUGACAGAACCACCAAUGAACCCCACAAAGAACAGAGAAAAAAUAAUCGAGGUCAUGUUUGAGACAUACCAGUUUAAUGGUGUAUACAUUGCCAUUCAGGCAGUGCUGACGUUGUAUGCUCAAGGUUUACUAACUGGUGUGGUUGUGGACUCUGGUGAUGGUGUGACACACAUCUGCCCCGUUUACGAAGGAUUUUCAUUGCCCCAUCUAACAAGGAGACUUGAUAUUGCAGGCAGGGACAUCACCCGAUACCUCAUUAAGUUACUCCUCCUGCGGGGAUAUGCUUUCAAUCACUCGGCUGACUUUGAAACUGUCCGCAUGAUGAAGGAAAAGCUGUGUUAUGUGGGGUACAACAUUGAACAGGAACAGAAACUAGCACUGGAAACCACUGUUUUAGUGGAAUCCUACACGCUUCCAGAUGGCCGGGUCAUAAAAGUUGGAGGGGAGCGUUUUGAAGCUGCGGAAGCCCUGUUUCAACCUCACCUCAUUAAUGUUGAGGGUGUUGGAGUUGCUGAGUUGCUUUUCAAUACCAUCCAGGCUGCAGAUAUUGAUACCAGAUCGGAAUUCUACAAACACAUUGUCCUCUCGGGUGGCUCCACCAUGUACCCUGGCUUGCCUUCACGCCUGGAGCGUGAGCUGAAACAGCUGUACCUUGAGCGUGUACUGAAAGGAGAUGUUGAGAAGCUUUCUAAAUUCAAGAUUCGUAUAGAAGAUCCACCACGUCGCAAACAUAUGGUGUUCUUGGGUGGGGCUGUGUUAGCAGACAUCAUGAAAGACAAGGAUAACUUCUGGAUGACCCGACAGGAGUACCAGGAAAAGGGUGUGCGUGUGCUAGAGAAACUCGGUGUGACUGUUCGAUAAAGCAACACAUUAACUCCAAUGGUUCUUGCUGCUUUUUUUUCCUCCCCUUGCUCAUCUUUAAAUCACUCGGAUCUGACGUGAAUAGGCUUCUGCCCUCUGACUCCUGGGGUCAAGUUGUGUUCACUGUUUCUACUGGUUUCCUGGGAGAGCUUUGUUUAAUGUUUGUCAACUUCUCUAAAUUUAAAACCGUUUAAUUUGACCAUUUCCCUGCAAAUAAAAGUCAAGGCAAAAGGGGGUCUGUCUGCUGCAUUGUUACUCCCCUCUGGGCACUGGGAUCAUUCCUCUAGGCUUCUUUACUUACAUCUGUAGUGUUGUACUGCUAGCUGUGGCUGGAGUGUACCAGAUGGUUCCUUCUGCCAAAAUGGAACUACCACUUUCAUUUAUUUUAAAGAAACAGCUUUUAUUACCACAUUACCACAGUGGUUAGCACUAUUGAAAAUUGAUUUUAAUGUAGAUGCAUCAUUAGGAAAGGGGCCAGAAUAAGUUGUUACCAGUGUCAUUUUUAAAAAAAAAAUCUGUAGCUUAUAAUGAAUUAUUAAUUCAACUUUGAUUCUUUGUGGGGUGUUUAAAUGGUAAAAGUCAGCUAAACAUUGUUAUGUCCAAUGUUUCCUCAUGAAAUAGUGGAAUGCAGUGAUGCACAUUUGAUACUGUAAAGAGAAAAUGUCUAUGUACAGCAAACUCUUCACAUGGCACAAGGCUACAGCAGUAAAAACUAGUCAAAAGGGACUGGGUUCCCUUAUGUUUAUAGAUUUAAAAUUUGUAGCUAUGUUAACUAAAAUGAAACCUAUAUUAUAUAAAUAUAUAUUAAAUAUGAAAAGCUAUAACCAGCUCAUUGGUACAUCUGAUAUUUAAGCGUGUCAUAUGGGAACUCGCCAAAUAUUAAGAACAAUUGCAGAAAUGUGGUUACCCGGUGCCUGAAGAGUUAUAACUGGAUCUCAUUUUCAUAUCAUAAAUUGCAUAAAACAAAAUAAAGCAAAACGGUUUAUAGAUAAUUGUGCAUUCAUUGUUGAAAUUGGUUCAAUGGUGUAUUUGCUGGGGGUGGGGAAGGUCAUGUGAAGGAAUUAAUAUUUCAGAAUGUUAUUGAAUUAGUGUGCAACUACAGGCUACGCAGACCAUCAUGCUUCUGGUGCUAACUUGCUAUCCAAACUAACCAUUGCACUUUACUUGCAAUCGUUUAAUUUGCUUUCCUUAUCCAGCUAUUUAAGUGCAAUAGAAUUGGCUUCAAUAGCUACCUGUGAAAUGCAUUCCAUAUUUUAUUAACUUUGUUCUGUGGGAAUGAGUUUGGGGGAGAGAAAUCCUUUGAACAUCUGCAAUUUCCAUUAGAAUUACCUGAAGACUGUUUGGGUUAGUGACUAAAUCUGAUCUGCCAAAUUUAGUAAAAUGAUCUAGACUUGAGGUUUUAUCUUUGAAAACUAAUAUUCUAUGGAUGAAUGGCAUUCAGACUAUUUGAUUUGAUAUUUCAGUCUCCUUCAGCUUAUUUUAGAGAUGUUAUCUGACCUGGCAGUACUAUGUCUGAACUAACAUGGUCUAUAUCUGCAUAACAUACUUCAAUUACUUUCAGUCUUAGAGUUCAAUUAUGGGUUGCCUUCAUUAUCCUCUUUGCUUGAAUCACCGUUGUUUUUAAGAAUGAGUGAAACUGGUGACAGAAUUGUAUGAAGUUUUUAAAUGGUUGCUCUGUUUUUUUUAAAAGCUGUACUCUGCAACUUUCAGUGAAGUUGCGCAGACAACUUGUAGACUGUUUCUAUUAAAAAGUAAAGUUGAUCAUAAAUA